AAUUGACAUAGGAGCAAUCAGCAGUGCUUGUGCUUACUAUUUUCAAUUUUUCAGUCAAAUUUUCAGUAGUAUCGUAAAUAGUACCAAAAAUCAAAAUACAAUAAGAAAUUUUUUAAGAAAAAAAUUUUUUUUUCUGUAUUUCGUGUUUAACGAAGACUUUUGUAUGAGUAGUAGCACUGUAAGCGGUAAAGAUGUCAUUGUAUGAUGAUCUUGAUACAAUAAAAGCUCGAACAACAGAAAAAGUCGCAGGAUGGUCUUCAGGAAUUAAAUUAUUGCAAUCUCAAUUGCAACUAAAAAAAGCUGCAAUUACCCAGCCAAAAAGGGAGGCUCUAAGACGAUCUAAUCAGGUUCUAACUCCUGUCAUAGAUCUGAAAAGUAAACAGAAAGAUGAAGACGAACCCAACUCAGACAGUCCAAAGAGUCAAUCUAAAGUGUUGUCAGCAACAUUGAAUGUCCGAGAUUUUGACUGGAAUGUUGCAAAUGAGUAUGAUCCCAUGUGGCCCAAUGACUAUGAAAAAGUUGCUAAAGGUAUUAUGCAAGCCAAAAGACUUCAAACUGAUGGAGGAGAUAGAGACAGAUCAGAUAGAAAACGUAAAUCACGCUUUGGUGACGAAGAAGAUGCUAUCCCUGAGAAGACACUUAUACCAAUGCAACCAGAAGAAGAGGAAGCGGAGGAGAUAUCAAAAAGAGCAGCUGGUGCAGCGAUAGCACCACCACCUUCUCUUACUGCAGAAACACCCUCACCACCGCCAAUGCUUCCCACACCUUCCCCUGGCUUUUCAAUUGGUGGAUAUGGAGCUAGCUCUGUUGCUGCCAAAAUUAUGGCCAAAUAUGGUUUUAAAGAAGGUCAAGGUCUAGGGAAGAAAGAGCAAGGCAUGUCAGUCGCACUGCAAGUUGAAAAGACUUCCAAAAGGGGUGGACGAAUUAUACAUGAGAAAGACAGUGGUUCUAUGCCACCACCCAGUUUUGCUAUGCCAGCACCCCCAGGUCCAGAUUCACCAAAUUCACAAGCAAAACAAGAGCCAUCUAUUACAGAAAUUAUGAAGUCACCUAGCAAAGUUGUUUUACUUCGGAAUAUGGUGGGCCCAGGUGACGUAGAUGAUGAAUUGGAACCAGAAGUUAAAGAUGAAUGUAACACAAAAUAUGGGGAAGUAGUAAAAGUAGUAAUUUUCGAGAUGCCUAAUGCGCCCUCAGAUGAAGCAGUUCGGAUAUUCGUUGAAUUUAAGAGGAUCGAAAGUGCUAUAAAAGCUGUAGUUGACCUGAAUGGUAGAUUUUUCGGCGGUAGACAAGUAAAAGCUGGAUUUUAUAGUGUGGAAAAGUUUAAUGCAUUACAAUUGACUGAAUAAUAAAUUCUUAAUGAGUA